AUGAAUAAUGUGCAAUUGAGCCUAGACUCCAUGGAUAGGAGGGUUGUUGAACUCGAGACAAUUCUUGGAAAGGAAUCGAGGACUACUGAUCUACCAUCUAAGAUCCGACUACUUUCUUUGCAGGUUCACCAAACAUUCACAAAAGGAAAGGCCUAUAGUGACCAAAUGCUACAAUUGUUACAGCUAUACUGUACAUUAAAUGACAAUGUAUGUGAACCUAACGUAGAUGAAGUAGCGUUACAUACUGUCCUAAGUUGUGCAGAUGAAAUUGUCAUUUUAAAUAAGAAACUUAGUGUAUUGGAUACUACAUGUAAUGAAUACCUAAAUUUCGAUGUUAUACACACAGCAUCGAAAGAAAACCUAAUACUUCAGGUUUCAAAGCUUAAAGAGUUGCCAACUCUUAUAGAAUUCUGCCAAAUUUUACUAUCUAGGACCUUAAACUUGGUUCACCGUUUCAUUCAAUGGAACAUAAAAAUUAAUGACUCAUUUAAUGGAAUCAAUAGGGAGCUAUUAUUUUUGGGGAAUUUUUUAAAUAGUGCUUGUUCAAAAUAG